AUGGGGGCCACGGUGCUCCUGGUGCCCAGCGCGUUCACCAAGGUCACGGGCGCCGCGCACUGGGAGGUGCUGCUGAGGGCGCGCGCGAUAGAGUGUCAGGCCUACGUCGUCGCCGCGGCGCAGGCGGGGCGGCACAACGAGAAGCGGGAGAGCUACGGGCACAGCCUGGUUGUCGAUCCCUGGGGCGAGGUCGUGGCGCGGUUCGAGGACCCCCUGGCCACCGGCGUCAUCACCGCCGACGUCGACCCGGCCCUGAUCGACAGGGUGCGCGCCAAGAUGCCGAUACGCGAGCACCAGGCGGCGGGGCGGCGGCGGUAUCUCGGGGCUGAGUGA